CGUGACUCCACAACACUAUGGGCUUGAGAGUGGAGAGUGUGCGAAUUAUUGGCUCGUGGAUUCUAAAGAUUGAUUCACGAUGACGUAUUUGAGCAAUGCUAUAUUUCUGCUCUCUCUGAGUCUGUACACAACCCGUGUGUCUGAAGCAGCUUGCACAACUGGAUGGUUUGGCACCAAUUGUACGUAUAAAUGCCACUGUUCAGACACAAAAUGUAAUGUCGUCACUGGUGAAUGUGCUACAGCAUGUGCGUCCGGCUGGUUCGGACCUGCGUGUCAAUAUCCUGCCGGGAAACUAAAUGGUUACCAGUUACAGUUGUUUAGCGCAGAUAAUUCAACUAUCCACAACUACACAGACACCAGUAAAGUAACCACUACAGCGGUUUAUGUCACAUCUAGCACACUAAAGAGUGUGAUGAACGCCAGGAUAAAGUACAGCACUUCCUUAAAGAUUUUCGAGGUUGAGAUCUAUGGAGAUUCAGAAUGUAAGAGCAAAACGUUUGGGCUAGAAUGUACCAAGACCUGCAACUGUAACGACCCAACUGAGACAUGUUUUGUAGCUACAGGUGGAUGUCAGUCUGGUUGUGCUGUGGGGUAUCAAGGAGAAGGGUGUGAUACAGUUUGUGACAACAAACACUACGGGUACAAUUGUGCGAGUGUAUGCCCGUCACAAUGUGACACAGCUGGUUGUAACAAGACAACGGGCAAGUGUUUUGGUUGUGUUGCUGGGUACAGGGGAGACAACUGCGAUAUUGUGUGUAAUGCAGGAUCAUGGGGAAAAGGAUGCAAUAACACGUGCCCAAACUGUGUUGAAGUGAAUUGUAAUAACACAGAUGGUGUUUGUCUAAAUGGAUGCGCGAGUGGGUUUAAGGGAAAGAUGUGCGAUUCAAAAUGUGAUGAAACCUACUAUGGAGAAAACUGUGCCCUCAGAUGCUCGGCGAAUUGUUAUAACAGCUUAUGUGACUAUAUAAAUGGAUAUUGUAAAUCUUGUAGCCCGGGCUUUCAGGGAGAAUUUUGUAAUGAUAAAUGUUCUGAGAUGUUUUAUGGACAGAGCUGCGCCUACAAAUGCAACGAGACGUGUCAGAGCUGCAAUAAUGUCAAUGGAACCUGCACUCUCUGCACUGCUGGAAAACGAGGGGUCUAUUGUGAAAGUGACUGCGAGGCUGGAAAAUAUGGAAUAAAUUGUACCAAUAAAUGUUCUUCAAACUGUAAAGAUUCCUUAUGUUUUGCUAUCAAUGGCAUUUGCAAAAGUUGUAAUCAAGGAUACAAGGGCGAUUUUUGCAAUACACCAUGUGCAGACAAUGAAUAUGGCUUCAACUGUAACGAAACGUGUUCUAGAAAUUGCGAGAGAAAUAAAUGUGACGCUAUUAACGGGACUUGCAUCUAUGGCUGUGUAGCUGGGUAUCGUGGAGUCUUAUGUGACCAAGCUUGCAGCCUCGGUAGUUAUGGAGUUGGAUGUCAACACAACUGCAGUACGUCGUGUAUCAAAUAUGAGAACAAAACAGAGCACUGGUGUGAUGUGGCCACUGGAUUAUGUUUGAACGGUUGCUAUGAAGGCGAUGUUAAAAACAAAUAUGAAUGUCAAAAACUCAUUGCAGAUCCACCAAACAACACAUCUGCUGCCGCUAUUGUUGUACCUAUCGUACUGAUUCUCAUCGUCGCUUGUUUGAUCGUAGCAUUUGUAUUCUGGAGGUUUGGAAUAAUUGCAUAUUUCCUCAAUCACAUAUCCUAA